CCUGGCUAGUGCAGACAAACCACACAUUCAUAUGCAAAUUAGUCCUUAUAAAUACCUACAACAGCUCUUUAGCGCCAGCAGUACGUCUAGCGAAGAUUGUACAAUAAUCACAGGGCGUCUCGCCUGUCGUGUAUAGAUUUUCUCUGACCGGGUCCGUUUGCCAGCUGCUCUCUUUCACGGAUCGGGAAAAUAGCAGUGGAAUACAAACUGGGAUCUCAGACUGACUGUACGGCUCGGGCUCAAAACCAACAUGGCCCCCUCGGCUCUGCACAUCAAGAACGGAUUUGGCAUGGAUGAGGAUGACUACUACGGGAUUAAUAAAGGGGAUAGAAAGGUACGGCGCAUCUGUGGUUGUAGUGUCGCUGAUCCCAUUCUAUAGAGUAGCCUACCCUAGUAAUGCAGUUAUUACAUUGUUACAACGCACUAACAGCUCCAUGUGUCAUUGUUACAGGCGAGAAAACCUUUGGUGGAGAAGAAGAGGCGUGCUCGUAUCAAUGAGAGUUUUCAGGAGCUCCGGACCUUGCUCGCUGACACGGACGUGAGUUUGGCGCACCUCCCCCGCUGUAGACUCACCUGGCGCACCUGUCAUACAAUAGAAACGAAUUAAAUCUAAUAUUUUUCACUUCUUCUCCAAUCGGUUUCAGUCAAAGGUGGAGAACGCAGAGGUUCUGGAGAUGACGGUGAAAAAAGUGGAGCACAUUCUCAAGGAUCGUUCCCAAGGUAAGCUGUGAGCAAUGGCACACACUAUUGACCCUUUCCUCCACUCAUCAAAGUGCAUUUAGGCCUAUAUCAGGUGCUGCUUAUCAUAACGGCCACUGUGGGAGUGCAAUUGAAUCUAUGUAGGCCUAAUUUCCCUUCUUCCUCAGAGACUGACAUCAUGAACCGGGAGGCCAGCGAGAGGUUUGCAGCAGGCUACAUCCAGUGCAUGCAUGAGGUCCAUAUGUUUGUGUCCAACUGUCCCGGGAUAGACGCGACGGUGGCGGCCGAGCUACUGAACCACCUGUUGGAGUGUAUGCCCUUGAACGAGGACCACUUUCAGGACAUGGUUAUGGAUAUAGUAUCGGACACUUCCAGCAACAACGGCAGCACCUGGCCAGCCGGCGAGGCGGUGUGCGCGGCCCUAGCAUCACCCGGAUGCAGAAGUAAAUCCAGUGGCUCUUCCUCGGCCCUCUCUCCUGCCGCCUCCACCACCUCCACCGAGGACCUGUGCUCUGACCUGUACGAGACAGACAGCGAGCAUAACCAGAGCGCUACCGACCCACUGGAGAACCAAGAGGCCCAGAACAGUCCCACUAUCACCUACUCCAAAUCCAUGUGGAGGCCCUGGUAG